UCCGCGAGGGGGGCACGUCGACGAUACGCUCCGGGGCAUCGCCGCGUGCGGUAGGGUAUCGUCGAUUGCGACGGUCGGUCGGCGGGGCCGACGGCGGCUCGUCGGGUGGUUUUUCGCGAGUCAGCUCGGACAAGGACUGGUGAGAAGUGCGGACCGAAGGUGAUACGGUGGACUUGGUGUGAGAAGGACGGUGAGAUGAUUGAGUGAGAAGCGGAGGCAAAGGACAGUGAUACGAGUGCCCGUUUAUAAACUUUACGGAGAGUGCUAUCCCAACUCUCAGACUGAGCAUCUAGUGUGGUUAUCAGUGAUUCAAAGACGAUCUUCUUCGGAAUCCAUUGAGCCGUAUUAUCUAAAAACUGUGUAUACUAAACUCUAAACGUGCGGCAUUAAACUAUCACCGUCAUUUGCGAACUUAGCGGACCUUCUCUGGCCAGACUCAGUGAAUACGGACUAUCGAGACGUGCGCUUAUCCUUCUCACCAUGAAGGCUUCUCCACCGCUUCGUCUGUCGGAGCUACUUCUUCUGGCCUUCCUCGUCUCUCCCGGUUUCUCCGAGCCCGCACGAGGUGGUCGCUCUUUCAUGCUCUUCUCUCCAAAGAUGCCCCCACCGCCGGCCGAUGCCUGCAUGGAUGAAACAGUUCGCCAGCCUCAGAGAUGCGUUCCCGACUUCGUAAACGCCGCGUUUGGACAACAACUCAGCGUAUCUUCUACUUGCGGCUCACCUCCCGAGCAACUGUGUACAAGAGCUGACGGCGAGCCAGCGGAAUGUCAAAUCUGUGACGCGUCCACACCAGCACGUGCUCACCCUCCUUCACAUCUGACCGACCUCAACAACCCGAGUAACCUAACCUGUUGGCAAAGCGCCGCGCUGCCGGUAAACGACUCAGCCGUCACGCUUACUCUCUCGCUCGGAAAGAAGUACGAACUGACAUACAUCAGCCUUCAGUUUUGCGGGAGGCGACCUGACUCACUGGCGAUCUUCAAGUCGAUGGAUUAUGGUCGCUCGUGGCAGCCGUUUCAGUACUACAGCUCGGAUUGUCGUGGGGUGUAUGGUCGACCUGAAAGAGCGGCUAUCACGCGUGCUAACGAACAGGAGCCUCUCUGCGAGCCAACGCCAAUGUCUGGAGGUCGCGCUGGAGGAAGGGUUGCGUUCAGCACGUUAGAAGGCCGUCCAAGCGCCUACCAGCUAGAACACAGUCCUAUUCUCCAAGACUGGAUUACUGCUACGGAUAUCCGCGUUGAGCUAACCCGACCUCACCCGACACCAUCUUCAGCCGGGUCUCUGAACCUGCUUCCGUCGGUUAUGAGCACGACUCCCCGCUCCGGUCCUGACUCAGUUGCCGACAACACCAUCUCCUUGUUGGACUCCUACACUUCAGAGACGACCUCCGAGACGGGCAGCGACUUCUACGCCGUAUCCGACCUCUCCGUCGGCGGCCGCUGCAAGUGCAACGGACACGCAUCGCGCUGCAUUCGAGACGGCUCCGGAGAGCUAGUCUGUGAGUGUAAGCACAACACGGCGGGAAGAGACUGCGAGAGAUGCAAACCGUUCCACUUUGACCGGCCCUGGGGACGCGCGACCGACCAGGCGGCCAACGAAUGUAAAGGUAGCCACCGUCACCGGGGUGUGAAAACGACACCUCAGAGCCCCGCCGCCACCGCCGCCGCCUCCGUCGCCGCCGCGCGGUCUCCACGAGAGCCUGUCUUUCACCGGCUCUCACGCUACCUAGCCUAUAUGCAGAUGCAGCGCCGUGAUGAUUCCAUCUACCAACUCGCCAUGGUGAGGGGCUGUGUCGUGCCUGAUCGGUUGUCUGUCGGCUUCCGGCCCUGCCAGGUGCCAUGGUGUGUGCAGUAUGAGAGCUCUUCGUUCCAGUUCCCGAUGCCGAUGCCGAUCCCGUUCUCUAGCGCCGUAGGACGGGUGAACCGGGUGAGAGUCCUGAUUGUGCGCAUCAUCCGACCAGCGGGGAUCGUCUCCUAUCGGGUGCCUCCAUCUCUGGCUGACGCUGAGUCUGGCACGCGCACUGGCCGCGAGCUCGGAGCACUCAUCACACCAUCGGCGCCUUUGCUUUGGGGUGAUGCGCACGUGGCCUCAUGU